GGAGAUAUGGGCGUUAUAUUUUGUGCUGCUGGCCUAGGGGCUUCCUCCAUCGCUAACAUAAGGGAGGAAGAGCGGGUAUACCUACCAUCGAAACUUGGUGAAAAAUGGGAUGAGCUAGAACUUGGUGUUUUCAAAGCCUAUGCGGAAGGACUUGAUAAAGGUACGGUAGCUGAAUACUGUACUACAGACUCUUGGGCUGACACUUCUAAAGGCACGUCCCUGUCAUCCGUUGCUGGCGAUGUUUAUGAGCUUUCCAUCGACGAUAUUAAGAAAAUAGUUGCAAUGCUGGGUCAGAUCACUGGUAUCAUACAGUUGACCGACCCCUAUAAUAGAUACCAAUUAUCCUUCGUCACUAUUCCAUUAUCGAAGGAGCUGACGGACUCUUUAAUAAUAAAUCGCGAGAGAAUUGUCGAAUGA